AUGACGUUCGAUCUCCUAGACCUACCUACAAACAAUGAUCUUGAAAUCAUUGCUAAUGCCUCCCGUGAGGAUAUCGAGAGAGAGUUGCGGAAAUUGCUCGGCGCAGAAUACCCAAAUAUCACAACGGAUAACAAUACUUCCUGGGGUGAAGGAACACCAUUCGACAACGGCAGCAGUCACCCCACUUCUACUCUGCAAGUGUCCCAACAAAUGUUGGUCGAUACUAGUUCGCAAUCUUCUUCAAUUUCUGUGGCUAAUCCUUCCGGAAUACACCCUGACCAAGGGAACACACAUUUCGCAUAUCCACAAGAUCAGCCAAUUGAGUUCAACGGCCCUGUCACUCAAAGCAGUGCUCCAGACCCAGACACGUAUCUCGCGUCGGGUAUGGCUGGAUUACCAGGCGAUGAUGUCGUUGGGCAGUGGUUCGACUUCUCGGCCUUCGCUCCCACGGAGAAUCUCGACGAAAUAAACGGCGGGGUAUACUACCCCCAGACAAUGUCAAAUUACUCUGGUCACUCGUUCACGGGUGGCAUCGCUGGACCUGCAAAUGCAGCUUCACUUCCUGGUACAAUGACCGAUAAUUACAACAAUCAAUGCCUUCUAAGAGGUAAUAAAGUAUCGGACCAGUUUACUACUGUUGAUCCUUCUUUCAUGUGGCCCCAGCCCACCAACGAGUUCGUGGUCGGUUCUUCCUCGACAAUGCAUAACGUGCAAGCGUCCACUGACACUGCAGUUAAUGGCAUCAACGGCGGCAGCGACUAUCUGUCUCGUACAGACCUUGUCGACCCCUCUCUGGAUUUCAAUACUGGAAAUCAAUCCCAGGCUAGCUCCUCCUCGGCUGCUCCGCACAACACAGCAGGAGCCUCUGCACCUACAUGGAAUCCUCUGUUUGAUAACAAUAACCAAGCAUGUUUUUCCGGAGCUGUUUCUCCAGCAUACAGCUCGAGUGCACCUGCUUCAGAUGAAGGGUCUUUCCGCGAUAAGGGGAAAAAGACUAUGUCUUCGACGUCCAAAGAGAGUAGGAGAGGGGACUUGCCCUCCAACGAUUCUUCAAACGGAAAGCAAAAACCCGUUUGCCAAAACAUAAUGGAAAAUGGGGAAUUAUGUAACAAACGCUUUGCGGACGCAAGUUCGCUUACGCGUCAUAAGAAGCAAACCUGCAAGGGGUUGCCAACGACGAACAAGCCGGUGAAAAGGAUCACCCCAUACUGUCCUGCGCGUUGUAAGGCAGAACCGUUUUCACGUCCAGAUGCCCUGCACAGGCAUCUGAUCGAACCGCGCCAUGGGAGGGAGGUGUGCUAUGCCGCAGCAGUGGCCUCGAACUUAGGAUGGGAUCCCAAAAUCCCGUCAACCGCGAAAGUCUUUGCCGUACCCGAUUCUCCUGGGGACUAG